UCCGCCGCGCGACGCCGCACCGGCAACAGCUGCCCGCGCCUGCGCGCCCACACCGGCUGCGACCCGCGCGCCGCGCCGCGGCACCACGAUGCACCGCUGAACGAGCGUCCCGCGAUAGCCGACGGGGAGCCGAAUCCACUGAGGUACGCGUCGCCUCGAGCAGCACGUGCACCUCACUGUAACUGUUGGGGAUCCUCCCAGGACUGUACAUCGGCUGACGCAAGGCUUCCUUUUCAACCUGUCUGCGAGAAGUAAAAACUGCAAGGAGGGGAGGCCAUGGCGGCUGAUGACUGGGCGCUGAGCGGCGGUCCAGAGCGGCCGGGCGACCCCAACCGUCUCCUGGGGGCGGCGUCUCUGUUAGCGUCGGCGGCGUCUCGGCGCCCUGCCUGUGCCCUGUGAGCGUCCGCUCCUCCCUGGACGCCGAGUGGCUCUGGCUAGCCCACGCGACACCACACCCUACGACUGCACCGCGGCCGCUGCCAGAAGCAGCACACGCCACCACCGACUCAACUCCACUCUGCGCUGCCCGCGUGAUGUCCUCCGAAGAUGUUGUUCCGCACCUUCAUGUACAAGCUCGUGCGCCGGGUGAGGAAACACAGACGCUUCCGCGGUGUAAACGGUGGAACAAAGCACUGAAGGCGAUUGCUCCUUCUGAGGCAGACACGCGUUAAGUUUUACAAUGUUCACUUAACAUCUGGAACAAUGAGAAACUCCGAUGUUGGGUGAUGGACUAUACUGAAUAAAACCUAGACAUUUUGUCUUUACGUGUAAAUAGCAACAUAUUAUUGCAACCAAAGAAGACUACAUUAGUUCAACUGUGAGUUUGCUCGUGGUGAAGUGCUGAAAAAAUAUUGACUGCGAGGAAUUUACAAAUAUUAUCAAUUUUGGUUACGUCAUUGUAGGAACCGAAUAUUCUUUUUUAUUUGGUGUAAUUUAGCACAGUAACACUAUCACUGUACAGCUCACAGGCAAAACUAGCUGAUGUAUUCAGCAGUAAAAAGUAGUUUCAUUUGCAGACAAGUGGUAUUCAUUCUUUGGUGAAGAAUUUUGUUUAUAUAUCAGGUGUAAGGAAAUAGAAGGCUCUGUUGAGAUAUAGACUUUUAAUCUGAUUCCGGUGCAUAAUUCUCAUAAGUGUACAAACAUUUUUUCGCAUAACUUGUGGGGUAGUAAGAACUAGGAGAGAAGGAGCUGCAGCAAGCCUAAGGGUAGCGCACAGGCUCGAGGCCUGUGUAGUGACGUCAGACUCCGCGGUGGCUGCCGAAAGCCGUUCGCCGGACGAGCGCACGCCGUCCGCGGAAGCCUGCACGGCGCCAGAUAUGGCGGCGACGGCGGUAGCGUCGGUGGCGGCGUCGGAGGCGGCUGGAUCCGCCGCGACGCCCCCCGACGCCGACGCCGAGCUGUGGGCGCUGCUGGACCGGAACCCGGGGGCGGUGGAGCGGUGGCUGGCGGCGCGCGCCGACCCGGCGCUGCUGCGACGACUCGCCUCCAGGGCCGCCCCCGGCGCCGCCAACGUCCCCGACGCCGCCUCCGGCUCGACGCCCGUCGCCGGCGGCAGCCCCAGUGGCAGCGGCUGCGUGCCGGACACGCUGCCGCCGAUGCUGGCCGCGGCGGUGGCGGAGGCGGCGGCGGCGGGGGCGGAGCUGUCGGUGGCCACGCGCAGCCCGUCGACGGCGUCGCUGGAGGCGGCGCCGCACGCGGGCUCCGGGGGCAGCAGCGGAGGCGGCGGUGGCGACGGCGUCAUCCCGCGUAGCAAGCGCAACUCUGUCACGUCGGAGCUCUUCCAGAUGUGGCUUGCCUCCUCGCCCGUCAAGAAGGCUAAGUCGCCCAGCAGGCCUGUGGCGAUGGGCCCGAGGCGCCAGCAGCUGGGCCUGCUGGACGAGAGCGAGCUCUUCAUGGAGCUGAUCCGCGACGUCGCCAACGAGCUGGACAUCGACGUGCUGUGCCACAAGAUCCUGGUGAACGUGGGCCUGCUGACGCACGCCGACCGCGGCAGCCUCUUCCUGGCGCGCGGGCCGCGCGACGCGCGCUACCUGGUGGCCAAGCUGUUCGACGUCACCGUAGAUACGGAACUGGAGGACGCAGUGAGACGCGCCAGCGCCGAGGAAAUCCGCAUCCCUUUCGGCGUCGGCAUAGCGGGCGUCGUGGCGCAGAGCAAGCAGGUCAUCAACAUCAAGGACGCCUACCAGGACCCGCGCUUCAACAGCGAGAUCGACCUGCGGACGGGCUACAAGACGAAUCUCAUCCUGUCGAUGCCCAUCUGCAACUACGAGGGUGACGUCAUCGGCGUCGCGCAGAUCAUCAACAAGACCAACGGCACCCAGGAGUUCACCCCGCGGGAUGUCGAGGUGUUCCAGCGCUACCUCACCUUCUGCGGCAUCGGCAUCCAGAAUGCGCAGCUGUUCGAGAUGUCCGUGCUGGAGUUCCGCAGGAACCAGAUCCUGCUGAACCUGGCGCGCAGCAUCUUCGAGGAGCAGAACAACCUGGCGUGCCUGGUGACCAAGAUCAUGACGCAGGCGCGCGACCUGCUCAAGUGCGAGCGCUGCGCCGUCUUCCUGCUCGACACCGACUGCUGCGAGGCGAGUCACCUGGAGAAAAUCCUGGAGAGGCCGAACAGGGCGAUGCCGGAGAGGAAGCCACUCUGCAGGAGGGAGAGCAAUAACGUGAACAUAGAAGAUAUCUUCCACCACAAGCAGCAGAGUGCCACCUUCACGACGGUGUUCGAGUUGCGGCUGGCGGACGAGGAGGCGAGAGUGCUGCGGCCUGACCAGAACCAGCUGGACCGUUGGCCGCUGGCGCAGAUCGCCAGAUACGUCGCCGGCACCGGCCAGAUCCUCAACAUCGGCGACGUGUCCUCGUGGAUGAACCAGGAGGUGCGGGAGGACGACGACGACUUCGUGGCGCGCAGCAUCCUCUGCAUGCCCAUCGCCAACGGCCAGAAGACCGUCAUAGGAGUUGCGCAGCUCAUCAACAAGACGAGCGGCCAGCCCUUCACCGACUGCGACGUUUCGAUCUUCGAAGCGUUCGCCAUCUUCUGCGGCCUCGGCAUCCACAACACGCAGAUGUACGAGAAUGCCUGCAAGCUGAUGGCGAAGCAGAAGGUGGCGCUGGAGUGCCUGUCGUACCACGCGACGGCGUCGGCGGACGACACGGCGCGACUCAACCAGGACAACAUCCCGUCCGCCGAGUGCUACAACCUCUACAGUUUCAAGUUCAACGACUUCGACCUGACUGACGAAGACACGUGCAGAGCGACGGUGCGGAUGUUCCUGGAGUGCAACCUCGUCAAGCAGUUCCACAUCCCUUACGACGUGCUGUGCCGGUGGAUCCUGAGCGUGAAGAAGAACUACCGGCCCGUCAAGUACCACAACUGGAGACAUGCCCUCAACGUGGCGCAGACCAUGUUCGCGAUGCUCAAGACGGGCAAGAUGGAGCGCUUCAUGACCGACCUCGAGGUAUUAGGUCUGUUGGUGGCAUGUUUGUGCCACGACUUGGACCACAGAGGAACAAACAAUGCGUUUCAAACGAAGACUGAGUCACCUCUGGCAAUUCUGUACAGUACGAGUACCAUGGAGCACCAUCAUUUUGACCAGUGCGUCAUGAUUCUCAACAGCGAGGGCAACAACAUAUUUCAGUCCUUGUCACCUGAGGACUAUCGAUAUGUAAUGAAGACAGUCGAAAACGCCAUAAUUUCGACUGACUUAGCAAUGUACUUCAAAAAGAAGAACAGUUUCAUGGAACUGGUUGAAAACGGAGAGUUUGACUGGCAAAGUGAAGGCAAAAAGGAGUUGCUGUGCGGCAUGAUGAUGACGGCGUGCGACGUCAGCGCCAUCGCCAAGCCGUGGGAGGUGCAGCACAAGGUCGCCAAGAUGGUGGCCGACGAGUUCUUCGACCAGGGCGACCUCGAGAAGCUGCAGCUCAACCAGCAGCCCAUCGCAAUGAUGGACAGAGAAAGAAAGGAUGAAUUGCCACAGAUGCAAGUGGGAUUCAUAGACGUGAUAUGUCUUCCACUGUACAAGGUGCUGUCUGAAACCUUCCCGUGGAUACAACCACUGUACGACGGCUGUCUGGAAAACAGGCAGCACUGGCAGGAUCUCGCCGAGAAGGUCGAGAUGGGACUCACCUGGAUCGACCACGACACCAUCGACAAGCCGGUUGAGGAAUUUUCAACUAGUUCGGAACCUAAGGACAUCGAAUUUACUGUCACCACUCUGAACUGUGCCCAUGGUGCAGAGAAAAAGGUACCUAGCAAAGAAGUUUCAUUUUUUCCACCAUCACUCAGUGUGAAAAAAGAAGGAGAGGCGAUCCCGCCGGCGCGCAAGCAGAACGGCAGCACUGGGGCGGCGGCCAGCAGCGCGGUGGCAGCGGUCGGGGGCGGCGGCGGGGGCGGCGCGCUGACGCUCGGCCUGGGCCUCGGCCGGUUCGCCAGCCUGCGGCGCGGCGGCCGCGCGGGCAGGGACCGCAGGGGCGGCUCGCUCUACGGC